GUUUCUUUUUGCUCAAAAAAAACCCAGACCCAGAGACGAAGAAGAAGAGGAGAAGCCCUGACCUGACCUGACCUGACCUGACCGAACUCUUUCCGACCAAAUCGUCAGAGCCCUCUCUCUCUUUCCGGGUCAACACUUCUCAACUCGGCGGCAACUUCGCGCACUCCGACGACACCCCGUGCACGGAUCACCAGAACGACGGAACUCUUUCCCAUACGAAGAAUUGAGUUGAUUGAUAGUGCUGCUGCUGGCAAGAGAAUGAAGCUGGGAGUGAAGAAGAGGAGCACUGGAGCAGGAGAAGAAGAAGGAGGGGACCCUUUUGAGGAGAGAGAUCAGGUGGAGGAAGGGGAAGGAGGAGGAGAAGAAGAAGAGGAGGGAGAAGAGGAAGAUGAGUCCGACGAUGAAGGGGACGCAGCAGACGCUGAUUUUGAUGCCCAACAAGAAGAAGAUGAGACUGAGCGUCCCAAGCUCGAUGAGGGCUUCUACGAGAUCGAAGCGGUGCGCCGCAAGAGGGUCCGCAAGGGCGAGGUCCAGUAUCUUAUAAAGUGGCGUGGCUGGCCCGAGACAGCUAAUACCUGGGAGCCCUUAGAGAACCUCUUUUCCUGUACUGAUGUUAUUGAUGCUUUUGAAGAGAGCUUGCGGUCAGGAAAGCAUAGGUCAUACAGGAAGCGUAAACGCAAACACGGGGUGACUCACACACAACCCAGAAAGAAGCAGAAUACUCAGCAGCAGUCUUCUUACAGUUCGAGGCGAGUGGAGGACAGUAUUGAUGAUGAGCUUCUCACUUCUGUGCCAAUUAAGAGCUCAAUCCCUGUAGACCUCCCUAGAGAGGUUAAUUUGGCUAUAAACAGGCCAGAAACUGUGGCGAAUGGGUUGGAAAGUAAUGUUCAACAACCUGUCGAUACAAGAGAGGAGCCCGAGUACGAUCCCAAGCUUAGUGAACUCAUGGGAUCAGUUCGUUCGAAUGGUGCUGAUCCUGAGUUUCGGGCAAAAAAGCUGCAAAAUUCUGAAGGUAAUGGCCUCAUGAAUGGGGUGAAGUCCGACUCAGUUGAACUAAAUCCCCGAGGAGCAAAGCGGAGAAAAUCAGGUUCCGUGAAGAGGUUUAAACAAGAAUUGGCUUCAGGUCAAGUGGAUGUGGAGAAUGUUGGUUGUGGGGCACUAGAGCAGGGCAUUGAGAAUCACGAUACUACGAGGGUUAAUUCAACUUCUACCAAGAAUGAUAGUUCAAAAAAUGCACCAGUAAUCACGAAGAUCAUCAAACCAAUAGGAUUCUCAUCUUCUGGGACAGACAACGAUCAGAACGUAUCAGUGACCUUUGUUGUCAUGAGGUCCGAUGGGAAGGAAGAAGUGGUUGAUAAUAGCUAUCUCAAGGCAAACAAUCCGCUUCUGUUGAUCGACUUCUAUGAGCAACAUCUUCGCUACAAUCCGACACCACCGUGAUUGUCAACCCACUCUGCUUGUUUACUAGUAGUUGCCACAGGACUGUUGAGGAUUAUUAUGGACUGCCGUGUUUUUCAUCCUCUCUUUGCAAGUGCCCCUUCAGUGAAAGAAAAGCAACAAAAGGUGGAAAAAGGAAAAAGAAGGGAAAAUCCUCUCUUACUGGUAAAUAUCCGCAUUGUAGUUCCACUUUUGGGAGUGAGUAUUUAUUGUAGAUCUUGGUAGAUUACAGUUGAGUUCCUUAUUAGUGUAUGACUUCAUAGUUUGGUUCUUGUGAAUGAAAAUGUUCAAGUCUAGCAUGUUUCAGCACAAUCCCCGUUGAUGGUAGUGUAAGAAUGAUCAUGCGGACAAUGCCUAUAUUUUCUGCCAGGUGAAUCUUGUGAUGCUGUCUAGUUCUUAGUAUCUCUGAUAUAAUUCUUCCAAUGCUCUUGGCAACGCUUUCUGACUUCAACAUGAAAUGGACCUCAUCUUUCUAUGCUGUUA